UUGCCCAUUGAAUACACCUUUCAAUAUUUUCAUAAACUAUUUCGGCAAUGUCAGUUUUCAGAUAAUUUACCGAGUGCGUGUUAUUUUAUCUUGUUUCACUUCGCUUUAUAAUAUGAUUCUUUAAAGGACGUUAACUUUUCCAAAGUGAGCCCAUCAUUCAGAUGUAAUUCCAGUUGAACGGCAUAUGUGGGAUAAUGGCAAGCGUUAAUGUUGGAAAUGCAACGUUGGUGAAAGAGUUUCGCGAGAUAUUCCGGCUGUUUGACUCCGAUGGAGACGGGACCAUCACGACCAAAGAGCUGGGCACUGUGAUGAGGUCUCUCGGACAAAACCCCAGCCAAGAAGAACUAAGAAGGAUGGUGAAAAUCGUGGACGCCGACGGAAAUGGCGAAGUUGAUUUCGAUGAAUUUGUGAAGCUUAUCAGCCGGAAGUUACAGAAAGUUGACAUGGAAGAGGAAAUCGUAGACGCGUUCCGAGUGUUCGACUCGGACGGAAACGGAAGUAUUUCCAAGCCGGAACUGCGGGACGCUAUAGCAACCCUUGGUACGAAGGUUAAUGAGCAGGAACUUGAUGAACUGAUGGCGGCCGCUGAUAUCAACGGCGAUGGAAAUAUAAACUAUGAAGAGUUCACCAAGAUGAUCACGCCUUAGAAGUGUUGCACGAAGCUUGAAUUAAAUGUUACCGUUUUCAAAUAUAAUGUAGAGCAGACCGUGAA